GCGCAAUUUCUCAUUGCCAGCCUUCUAGAGGUGUUGACAAAAUUUGCAGUGUGCAGUGCAUGCAGUCAUCUGUCGUUCAUGAAAUUUGACGAGUAAACCCUGAGAUAGGCAUCAUUUCGUGUUUUUUCUGAUACUACUCGUCGUUUAGUUAAUCUUCCUGAAAAUGGCCAGUUCAGCUAUGGAUGUUGACGAAGAAGAGUUGGAAUUGCCUACAUCCAGCAGCAGCAAAGGAGAGAAGAAGCGCUUUGAAGUCAAGAAGUGGAAUGCUGUAGCUUUGUGGGCUUGGGACAUUGUUGUUGACAACUGUGCUAUUUGUCGCAACCACAUUAUGGAUCUGUGUAUUGAGUGUCAAGCAAAUCAAGCAUCUGCCACUAGUGAUGAGUGUACUGUUGCCUGGGGGGUUUGCAAUCAUGCAUUCCAUUUCCAUUGCAUUUCUCGCUGGUUGAAGACUCGUCAAGUCUGCCCCCUGGAUAAUAGAGAAUGGGAAUUCCAGAAAUACGGCCAUUAAACCCAGAAAACAUGGGUAAAAAUGAGAGCAAAAUAACAAUGUUUUAUCGCCCAUCUCCUUUAUGGUAACUGAAUAUGUCUGCAUUCCAUAUUUACGUUUGUUUUGGAUGCAAUACUUCUCCAAAUUUGAACUGUAUUGUUAAAUGAUUAUGAUUAUGCCCCUUUUAUAGCUUUAUAGCUCAAAAUUGCCCUUAGUUUUGGCUAAAUAAAAUCUUUUCAUCCUUCCUA